UCUAUACAGAAAAGAUGCGAUUAUUAAAAAUCGUAGUCUGAUUGUUUCAUGGGCAAAUACUAUUGUGACUAUUGUGAUGUUUAUCUAACGCACGACUCGCCUGCUGUACGUAAGCAACAUAACGAUGGUAACAGGCACCGUAUGAAUUUUGCUGAGUAUUAUAGACAGUUUAUAGGUGAGUCCUUGCAGCAGCAGAUUGACGCUGUGGUUUAUGAUUUUGAAAGACGAGUCGCUCUGGGCUUGGUUGUUCCCACAUACGGCUUUGCGACGACGGUGCAGUCAAGUAGUACAUUGCCUGUAGGAUUCAAUCCGUUGUUUACGCAAUACGAAACCUUUACGCCAUCGUAUUAUACUGGCAACGCUACCGUGUAUCCGCCUUCAUUUGGCGCUUCUCAACCACCCACCCAGCAACCUGAAAGGACCGAAUAAGCUUUUAUAUAUUUUUCUAGAGAUAUAAGAUAUCGUUUGUUUGUGCGUCAUGAUGUCUGAGGUUCUUGUAAAGUAUAAGGUUUUGAGUUUAUCUCAUGUACUUUUGAAAUUUAU